AUGGAAGUGCGAUAUGUUCAAUGUUUUUCAUGGCAACCGUUAGGACCUAUUAGAAUAAACGUUUCUCUUGAUUUAAAUGAUUAUGUCGAAGUUGAAUUUCAUCAAACUCAAACAUAUAUUCCAUCAAUGGAUUAUUUAAGUUUUGGUGAAUGUAAACCAAUGCGUUUAUUACCAAAAUUAAUUGAUGAUUCACAGAAUCAAGAUUUACAAAAGUCAUCAAUUGUUCUUAAACGUGAUUGUAAUGUUGAUGUUGAUCCAAA